AUGUCCAAAGCAAAGGUCGGUUCGAAAAAGGGUUUGCAAUGGUCCGAUGAAGGAACUCCGCCAAGCAUCCGUGUGCAGCAGUGCUGCAGGGUUGCACCCUUUUGCGGCAAUUCGGUGUGCACGGUGCGGCCGGUGUUAUCGGAAUCGCUGCUGGAAGUGGAGUGCUCGCCACCUGUCGGUGCCAGCCGAUCGCUCACCUCCAUCGGCAGCAUUCCAGAGAUCGACGACGUCGAGCAGGGAUCAACAACGCACGUGUCCGUCCCCUAA